AUGGUCAGCCAGGCAGGAUUAUACAGGGAUCAGGGGAAACCUGCUACAGUGCCCCCUCGUAGGGUCUCCCAAAGCAAACAGGUCCUAGAUGACAAGCCAGACAAAGAGUGGUCCAAAGACCCUUUAUUGAAACAAAAGGCAGAGAACAGUGAUGUUGCCCUUGGAGUCCGUGCCAAGGGAGCCAGGCUGAUCGGUCACACACUGCUGUCUGAGAAGGAAACCAAGAGACAAGCCUGUGGCCGAUCAGCCGGUGAGGGGUGCGGCCAGGUGCUCCUGGUUUGUUUCCAGGGUGACGAUGAUGAUCAAUUGGGACGCUCCUCACACAGGGUACUGGAGAAGAGAAUUUGUCUGAUAGUCAAACCUCGGAUCCAGGAUUUGGAGAAAGCAUUCGACUGUGUCCCUCACAGUGUCCUGGGGGGAUGCUCUGGGAGUAUGGUGUCUGGGCCCUUUGCUAACAGCUGUCACAUCCCUGUCAUGACCAGAGCAGGAGCUUGGUUCACAUUGCUGGAAUCUCUCUCUUUAGGAAAUCUGAGGGUUGUGCUGCUGGGCAAAACUGGAUCAGGAAAGAGUGCUACAGGAAACACAAUUCUGGGUAGAAAUGCAUUUCUUGAAGACUUCAAUCUAGAAUCAGUUACUCAAGAAUGUGAGAUGAGAACCUCAAUAAUAGGUUCAAGGACUGUCGCCGUAAUUGACACUCCGGGACUGUUUGACACAUGGAUGGGUGAAAAGAAGGAUAUGAAAUCUGGAAUGAUGACUGAAGACAAACUGAAGGCUAAAAUAGCGGAGUGCAUGGCGUUGUCUGAUCCUGGUCCUCACGUGUUCCUGCUGGUCAUCAGACUGGAUCAGAGGUACACAGAUGAAGAGAAGAACGCAGUAAAAUGGGUUCAGAAGAACUUUGGAGAAGAAGCAUCACGCUACGUCUUCACUCUCUUCACUCAUGCCAAAUAUCUGAAGAAUAAAACACUGAAGGAUCAUGUAGAAGAGAAUGAAGAUCUGCGAAACUUUGUUAUUAGCUGCGCCGGCAAAUAUCAUUCAUUAGAAAAUGACCACAGAGCAAAUCGGUCUCAGGUCACAGAACUACUGGAAAAGAUGGAUAAAAUGGUGGAGAGGAACGCAGGAAAGUACUACACUCGUUCUGUGUAUACACAUGUCCAGAGAAAAUUAAUCUUUGAAAAAGUAACCAAUGGCUUGUACAGUUUUUCAAGAAAAUAUUAA